UGAGAUAUUCUUGUUCGCAUAAUUGACACUUGCGUUACUUUCAGUGCUCGAUUGCAUUUGAUUAGAGACUCUAAUAGUUCUUCACUAUCCUUUUAGGACUAUACUAAUAGCUCUAUCAGAUUGACAUUCCCUCACGGCGUUUGUACUAGCCGUGCAGAAUAACAUUUGGUAAUCGAAUUAACUCUCUUUGUAGUUAUCUCAAUAACGAUACUAUUGACCAAAAAAAAUAGGAAAUGGACAAUUGAUGAACUAUGGUGAAACAAAAACAUUCAGUUAACAAUAAUAAUGAUAAUAAUAAUAAUAAUCCCACAAAUGUUUCACCUAUUCAUCAUCAUAUGAAUUUAUUAUAUCAACAAAUAACCGUAUGCAUCAAUUCAAAAUCAUCCACAUUGGGAAAUGAAUCAUUUACAGCAUUAUUAUGUCGUAUGACUGGACAAAAUUUAAAACAUUUUAGUCGAAAAUCACAAACACGUUUAUCAUGCGCAAUGCGUCGAUCAUUAUGUAAAAAAUGUCUAAUUCCAUUAGAAUUAUUUGGUAAAAUAAGAAUAAGAAAACGACAAAUCCGUGUGUGUUGUUCAUUAUGUCAUCAUCAAUUCAUUAUAACUUAUCCAAUUCUUCAUAAAUGGCAUAGAAAUUAUUUGGAAUCUAUACUACCAGAUUCAUUGUGUUAUUAUAAUGAAACUAUUGAAAAAUCUAACGAUGAAUAAUGAAAAAUUAUCUUUAAAAAAAA